CCGCCGGUAACGGAGGGAGGCCCCGCCCCCCCCCAGCCCCCCCCCCCCCCCCCGUCGCGGUGACGUCACGGGGAGCGCCGCCGCCCGAGCCCAGCGCAGAGCAGCUCCGCGCCAAGCUGGCCCCCCAGGAGUGAGCGAGUCCCCCGCUGGGCCAGCAUGUCGAGCGAGGUGGUGGAGGACGAGUUUGAGUUCUACUCCAAGGCGGAGAAGUACUGGAAGGACGUGCCCGCCACGGUGGACGGCAUGCUGGGGGGCUACGGCCACAUCUCCAGCAUCGACAUCAACAGCUCCAGGAAAUUCCUGCAGCGCUUCCUGCGGGAUGGUCCCAACAGGACGGGGACGACCCGAGCUCUGGACUGCGGGGCGGGCAUCGGCCGCAUCACCAAGUGGCUGCUGCUGCCCCUCUUCAAGACGGUGGACAUGGUGGACGUGACGGAGGAUUUCCUCACCAAGGCCAAGAGCUACCUGGGCGAGGAGGGCAGGCGGGUGCGCAACUACUUCUGCUGCGGCCUCCAGGACUUCAGCCCCGAGCCCAACUCCUACGAUGUCAUCUGGAUCCAGUGGGUCAUCGGACACCUGACGGACAACCACCUCUCCGAUUUCCUGAAGCGGUGCCGCGCCGGGCUGCGGCCCAACGGCAUCGUGGUCAUCAAGGACAACAUGGCUCAGGAGGGCGUGAUCAUGGACGAUGUGGACAGCAGCGUCUGCAGGGACCUGGACGUGGUCCGCAAGAUCAUCCGCCGCGCCGGGCUGCACCUCCUGGCCGAGGAACGCCAGGAGAACUUCCCCGAUGAGAUCUACCACGUCUACACCUUCGCCAUGAGAUGAGGCUGCCUGGUGGCCGGAGGGGGGGUCUCUCUCUCUCUCUCCAAGGCCAGCUCGGAGCAGCAAAGGCAAGGACAGAAGGUCCUGCCGGGGCCGGGCGAGGACCGUGUGCCUUCACCGCCGAGGGGUGGCCGGGGGGCGUCGCGACUCCCUCUCCUCCGGGGCUGGUGGCGAGGAGGGGGCUUUGUCUUCCAAAGUUGCUGCUGGUUGUGGAAAAAAAAAAAAAAAAGAGGUGCUUGCCAAA